AUGGACUCGGUAUCAAACAUCAUAGCCAGAGGCAGCGCCAUACUCGCCGUCCGUGACGAUUCCAACACUACCAGAAUGUCCAACAGCAUGAUCGAUCUCCUGAUCGCUCUCAUGGUCCUGGUAUUCAUUGCCCUUCUCCUAGUCGGAACCCUUUACAUCGUGCGCAAGAUUCGCCGAAACAGAGCCGUUGCACGGCAGCAACUCCCCACCUACAACGAACAACCCGUCAAAGGCCACCACCGUAGCCUGACAAUCACCACAACCCCAAUUGGCCGUGGCUCAAGUAUCUACGUCUAUGACGAGAAGUCAGCUAUGCUAAACAGCCCCCCAACCACACCUACAUCGGCCGUGCCUGAAAUCCGCAUCACGUUCCCCGAUGAGCAGGACGAGUCCGGAAAGCGCAAGAGCGGCCGUGUGGUGGUGGUACGGGUUGGCGAGACCAGCGUUGGACUCGAACCCUUGAAGGAAGACGAGCAACUGCCUGCGUAUGAGAAAGAGGGCGGAGAAAGAUUCCAAUCCAUCGACAUGGAACGGAUCGGCGGCCUGAAAGAAAAGUCAACAUGGUCAUAG